UGAUUAUUCAUCGAGUAAUGCGAUAUUAAUUUAUUGUUAAAAAGCUUAAUAAUGUCCGAUAAAGAGGAAAAAACAACGCAAUUCGUUUCAAUAACUGGCGCUCCCGAAGAUCGAGCCCAAUUCUACUUAGACUCGGCAGCUUGGCAGUUAGAGGUAGCGAUUGCGAGAUAUUACGAAAAUGACGGAGCAGAUUCGGACCCUGUCGAAGAGGUUGCUCAGCCAGCGGAACCUCCCAAAUCUCCUGUAGUCAAAAAGGCGAAAUCCAAAUCCAAAAGCAAAUCUUCGAAAUCCUCGAAUAUUGCAACGAUUAAGACAAUAACAAGUUCAAGCGAAGAAGAGGAAGAAGGACAAGCUUAUUAUGCAGGCGGUUCCGAAACGAGCGGUCAACAAGUCCUAGGGCCACCUAAAAAGAAGGAUUUCGUAGCCGAUAUGUUCAAAUCGGUCCAAGAACAUGGAGUGGAAAUUCUGGAACCGAGCGCUUCUUCUUCUUCUUCGAAUUCUAGAUCAUUCAAAGGAACCGGUUAUAAACUCGGCCAAGAUGAUAAUGAUACGGUAAUCGUUCCUGCGCUUCCGGAUCCUCCACAGCCUGCUAAAGUAACAUUAAAGUUAUGGCAAAACGGGUUCAGUGUGAACGAUGGCGAAUUAAGAUCAUAUUCAGAUCCCGGUAACAGGGAAUUUUUAGAUGCCAUCAGACAGGGCGAAAUACCACCGGAACUGAGACAAGGCGCCACCGAAGUUCAUUUAGCAAUGGAGGAUCAUCGAAUGGAAGCUUUUAGAACCGGUAAAAAUAAACGAGCCGCUUUUCAAGGGACCGGUUAUACAUUGGGAAGUCCAGCACCUACGGUAAUUGGUACUGGAAACGAAGAAGAAAAGUCUGACUGUGAAGCUAAGGCCAAAGAGCAAUUAAAAUUAGACGGUUCCAAACCAGUAACAAGUUUGCAAAUUCGUCUAGCCGAUGGGUCACGAUUACAAGGACAGUUCAAUCACCAGCACACUGUGGCAGAAAUUAGAAAUUAUAUUCAACAUGCCAGACCUCAAUAUCAAAGCAGGGCUUUCAAUCUUCUGACAGCGUAUCCAGCAAAAGUGUUGGAUGAUGCACAAACUCUCGAGGCAGCCGGUUUACUUAAUGCCACUAUUAUGCAGAAAUUAGUGUGAGAAAUUGGAAUUUCCAACACGCUAGAUUUAGUGUUUCAUAAUAUUAUUGUGGUAAUUUAAUAAUACAGUUUAACAAAAUUUCUAAAUAAAAAAAAUACUUUAAA